AUGUUCCGCCAGACGGUCAUCCGCGCCAUGCAGAAGCGCGGCCUUGAGGGCGGCGCCACCAACGACCGCCAGGACCGGAACCUGGUGCGGAUGACGCUGCGCGGAGACCCGGAGCGCGUCGAGGGCCUCGUGGCGGCGCUGCGGGAGGGAAAGCCCAUCAACGACUGGGGCGCCAGAGCCACCAGCGUCGAGGACGUGGACGCCGAGCGCGGCUUGGCGCUGGAGGCGCAUCAAGUGACCACCGCCACCGUGGACAACCACCGCUGGAACCCCAACUGCACCAUGUUCCUGUAG